AUGUCUUAUAUAAAAAAUGUUUCAAUUGGAAAUGCAUCAAUCGAUGCUGUUUUAUCAACAUCUGGAGUCAUAUUUAUCAUUGGUGGUUUAAGUAAUACCGAGUAUAAAGCAUUCAACAAUGAACUAAAUCGGAUGAAAAAUAAUUAUGCUACAAUUAUACCAAUAAUUGAUGGAUUGAAUAUUGAUCAAUUACAAGAUUUUCUCAAAUGUAUUGAAUAUUCGAAUACAAUCAUGAAUCUAGACGGUGGUGAUAUAGACGAAAAGAAAGGAUUAGUAUUUAUUUCCGAUCUAACUAUACUUUCCGAUCAAACAGUAACACCACCGGUAUUGUUCAUUGCUCAAUAUUAUGACUAUGAAAUCAAUUUACGUGGUGGUAUUAGAACAAUAAAACCACAAAUAUUAUUUAUACAAAAUAAUCAACAAAAUGGUAUAUGUUUAACAAUUAAUGAUCCAUUUAAUCAUCAUUUAUGUCAAUCUAAUCAAACUUUAUCAAUAAAUACACGUUCAUCACCAUUUAUUCCAUUUCAUCGUCGUCCUCGUACAACAUCUCCUAUUACGUCUGAUUCAUCUAUUCGAAAUAAAAUUGAUCCAAUUAAAAUGGAAAAUUCUUCAUCAGAAUCAAUUGAAAAUCAUGAUACUCUAAUCGAAUCAACAUCAUCUUCAAUAGUAACAACAAAUACUCAAUUAACAACUAAUGAAAAACCAGCUGAUUGGACAGCAUCAACACCAAAUAGUGUUGGUGGUAUUACAGGUCCACUAUCAGUACUUACUUCAAUUACAAAUCAAAAUUCUACAAUAACAAAUUCUUCAGCACCAAAUCCAAUAUCAACACGUGGUAUUAAACGUUCAGCAACAAAAGCAUUUGAUGAAACAUUUAUUGAAGAUGAUGGACCAGAACAACAAAAACAAACAUAUGAUUUUUAUCGAAGUGAUUCAUUUCAACCUACACCUCCUAGUCCUAGUCAAAUAUCAUUUCGUUCUAAUCUUGAUUUUGAUGAUAAUGAAGAUUUAACAUCACGAACAAAUUAUUUAAUUUCAACAUCAAAUAAUACUCGUUCAUCAAAUCAAUCAUCAUUUUUUUCAAUAGAUGGACCAUCAAUGGUUGAUCUUGAAACAAUUAUUGAUUCACAAUAUACAAUAGAAAAUAAAACUACAAAUACUCAUACACAUAAUAUUUCUGAUAAUAAUAUUAAAUCACCAAGUCGAAAAGAAAAUGUACUUCCAGCACCUCCUAUUCCAAUUCUUCAUGAAAUGGAACAAAUCUAUAAUACAUCACCAGAUUCAUCAUCAUCAGAAAAACUUCAAGCAUUACAUUCUCCAUAUGGAAUUAUAAUUGAUACAUCAAUACAUGUUGCAAAUACACUUGAUGCAUUAAAUCAUUUUAAUCAAGAAUCUAUACUUGCACCAUUUGAAUCAAAUUCUAUUGCCGAACAAUCGUCUUACUAUCCAUUAAAUAAAUUUUCAUUAAAAAAAUUUCAUAAACGUUAUGAACCAUCAAAAUCAUUAUCAAUAACAACAUCAACAUAUCAUAGAAAUUUUCGAAAUUGGAAGUAUACAAUACCAAUUAAUGAUAUAUCAUCAAGUCCAUUUAAUAAUAAUCAACAAAUUUUACGCCAACAAACAACAUCACGUUCAAUACUAACACCAAUACCAAAUCUUUAUUCACCAAUGCGUUCAAAUGAUUUACAAUCAUCACCAUAUCCUAAUCGAUCAACUAGUAGUGUUCAAACAAUAAAUAGUCCAAUAGUUGGUAUUAUACCAUCAAUAAUACCUGAAAUUGAUUCAUUUAUAUUUAAUAUUUUACUUACUGAUAGUAUUUUAAAUAUAUAUUGUGAUAUUAAUUUUGAUUCAUGUGUUUUAUGUGCAUGUAAUUGA